UGUUAAGCAAAAUGAGAACCCCGUUAAUCAUUGGCACGUUACAUGACGAAUGAAGGCGGGGACAAAAGAAAAUGAUGUUAAUGGUCGAGGCGUCAAAGGGUCAAAAUUUAAAAACAGAUGCCUCCUUCUGAAAUGGAGGAUGGCCUGGAGGUUAACAUAGAUGAAUUCUUUGGGGAAGGAAGUACUUCGAUCCCAUCGUUUGAAGAUGGAGAAGGAUUUUCCUGGGCCGAUGAUUUUAUCUCGUCGGCGACUGGUGCAUUCGCAGAUCGUCCAUCAGCGGCUAUCACCACGACAACCAAUGUUCUCUCAUCAUCUAUUGCUCAAGUUUCACAAAACUCCAUACCUCAAAAUGUUCCUAAUCAACAACAAAUUGCUGUCUCUGCUUCACAAAUGGGUCAGUCAACGUUUAUCCAGCAGCAGCAGCAGCACUUUUCGAUGGUCAACUUACAGCCGCAAUUACAGGGAGCAGGCGGACUUCUACAUGGGUGUUCAUUUCGACAUGCUAAAUACAGAAAAAAAGGUUUUCAUUCCGUGCCACAAUAUAUCAUUAAAUCAACGACGGCGGGCCCGAUACAGAGCCAACAACAGACGCAGAUCCAGCAGCCUAGAUCCAGCCCAGCACCGUCUUCUUACUCGGCGAGUUCACCAUUGACCAGUCGAACUGUUACCCCGAGUUGUAGUCCGGCUCCAGCCAUGUCACCGCUGGUAUCACGAUCAAUUACACCCAUACAAACUCAAUCGGCCAUUGUGACGGCCAACACCAGCAGACCCCCGAGUCACUCCAGUAGUCCGGCACCAAAUAUCCUGCAGUUUAAUCAGAAUAACUUACAAUCGCGACCACAGGUUCAGCUUGCGAACACAGUCCCGAUUCAAGGCUUUAUCCAGUCUAGUCCAAACACCAGUAUUAUCUCCGGCCAGAACACCCUGACACCAAAUAUCGUACAUACUCAAAACGCUGUCAUACAAAACCCUAAUGUGGUAAACUUGAAUGUGGCCCAUGUUCUGUGCAAUAAUAAUCAAACUAUGGGACAACAAAACGUUCAAAAUUUACCGGCCACCAUGCAGAAUCCAAUGAACAUUCAAGGUACAAUUAUUCAAACGGCAAACGGAAAAAGUAUUUUAAUUCCAAAUAACAAUCUUCAAGGUCAACAGAUCAAUCUAGCGGGGAUGCAAAAUAUAUCCGUUGGUCACCCAAAUACUAUCGGACAGCCUAUGAUCCAGAAUCAACAAAAUUUAGGAAAUGUCAUACGAUUGGCACCGCAACAAGAUAAACAGCAAAACGUAGCUCAACCAAACUAUAGUUUCGUUAGUGUUGGCAAUCAAGGACAACAGAUAUUUCUUCAGCGUGCUCCGAAUCCUGGACAACCACAAAAUAUAAUUCUCAGAAGUGUUCCACAAAAUGUUAUUCUCCAACCACAAGGUCAAGGUCAAACCACAGGAAAGCAGCCGACCCCGAUACAACCCCAUCAGAUCCCCCAACAGAUCCCCCAACAGAUCGUCAAUCAACAGCCCCAUCAGAACAUUCAGUUUCAGCAAGUUUUUACUGGUGCUGGUCAGCCCAUGAAGAUUGUCACUCAAGGCGGAGGUCAAGUGGGAUCACAGUCCGGGGCUGUCACACUUAAUCUCGCUGGCCAGAAUCUGAACCUUCAACAAUUAGCUGGUCUGGGAAUAGGUACAAAUAAUUUACAAGGUCUGCAGUUUGGAAAUGGUGGACAGUUUAUUUUACAGCCACAACCCCAACAACAGCAGCAACAGCAACAACAGCAGAUUUUUCAAACGGUCCCUAAAAUAAAUCCACAGCCAACGACUGCUACCCCACCAGCUGCUGUUGACCCUUUAACUCAAGCUCUAAGCAUGUCUGGUAUUACAGAGAACGGAUCACAUUUUAACGAGCCAACACUUGUGCAAACGCCACCACCGGAAAUCGUGAAAAAGGUGUCAAAAUCGAAAACAAAAAGGGUGGAAGCCGAUAGGACCCAAAUUCCACAGAUGUCCAUGCAUGUUCAACCGAUCGCGAGUUCAGCAUCUAUAAAUGUUCAAUCAUCUUUAUCACAACUAAUGGCUACGGCUGCCAGCGUUGCCGGAAUCAGUUCUAACUGUUCAGGACCUGUAGGGUUCAACACAGUAUUUAGCACGGCUCAGGGUACUGUGGUGACCACUACCAUAUCCCAGUCGUUUGUUCAGACGCCUAGUUCCUUAUCAAUUGUAACAAAUUCCAUAGGGGGUCAAAUAAUCAAUACUGGAUCUCAAUUGAACACCUCCAAUAUCCUUUCCACCAGUCAGAUCAAGGGACAAGUGUUUGGACAUCAAGGUGUGGCUGUCAAUCAAACCACUCCCACACAAAAUAAUCAACAGAUGUCAAAUGACGCCAAACAUAUUCAAAGAAUUGAUACAGAGAUCAAAAGAUUAAUGAGUUUGAAGUCGAUGACAGCUGAUCAGAAACGAGAAGUGCAGCAGAUGAGCGUUUUACAGAAAAAAUUAAUGGCUGCGAACCAAAAUCAGCAUCUGAAGAACAUCAACCAGUCAUCUUCUAGCUCUCAGAUGGUCGGUCAACCAGCUAUUGCCCAGCCACAAAUUGUUCAGUCUGGACAAGCCCCCAUACUUCAAAUUUCGAAUCCAAUAUCACACACUCACCAACAAGCACCAGUUCAACAUGUCAUCCAAUCAGUACAAAACAUUCAAUCAUCGUCUAAUUCAAUCUUCCAUAACACACCACAACAACAAACAUCGGGUGUGGUCCAAUUCACCCUCGCCCAGUCACAACCAACAACAACAUUACUCACCUCCACCUCACAAGUCAUCAUUCAACCUUCGACAUCUCUCAAUAAAAACAUCCCCCAUACUCGUAAUGUUCAGAUUCAGCCUGGUCCAAUCAUGUCUACUGGUAGUGUGAUGUCUUCAGUGCCAGCAGGCAAACUACCAAUAACAGCCAUACCUGCCAUGCCAACUCAAAUAAAGUUUGGCAAUCAGAUGCUGACGUUAAAUUUAACGCCACAACAGAAAGAGAAACUACAGAUGCAUUUAUCGAAGAUGACAAUUGAACAACAAGAACAGUUUCUGAAACAUCAGUCGACGUUAAAAUUACAGCAGAAACAACAACAGAUUCAGGCCCUGCAGAAACAAGCUGCUGCCCAACAACAGCAAGCCCAAACUUCAUCACUACCUGCUUUGUUGACCAGUGGUACAAAGAUGCCUCAAACAGUAAAUAAUAGUGGAGGUGGUACACCGGUUAAAACUGAACCUGGUCAGCAGACGACACUCAAUAGAGGUGGAAAAGGUCUAUCAACAGAAAUACCAAAAGCUUCAUUAAUUCAUCAACAAAUGAGUAAAGAUCAACAGAAUGCCGUGGCCCCGGAUACAAAAGCACCAUUUAAAAAUUCCCGCGAGGCAUGUAGACGAUUAUUACGGUAUCAUGUGUUCCAGUGGUCAGGCCCGUCUAAACAGGAGUAUGAACGAGCUGACUGUAUGUUAGAACAGAGAUCAGCUGAUUUAUUGAACAAGAGUCGGACAAUGAUGGAUAAAUAUCGGCUGUUAUUGUUAAAUGAUAGUAUGCGUCAGAAUCCAUCAGCUGAGAUGGUGAUGAUACAGAGAAUGUUACAGCAAGAUUUAACGGCUUGUAUCAAGGAGGAAAAACGACAAAUUCAAGAAGAUCCAGAAUCAUUUCAGCCGAUGCCUUUAAAAUUUCUAAAAAUAAAAGAAUCAACAUCGGAUCAAAGUUUUGAAGAAAAUAAAUCUGUGAAAAAAGAAUCGAGUUUUGAGGAGGAGACUAGUGUUCACGAUACAUCAGAGGAGUCAGACCAAAAUGUAGCUAUUCCAUUCGAUAAAUCGGCACCUGUGUUUAAAAGUUCGCCAUCAAGUGGAACGAUGAAAUUGUUAAUUCGUAAACAAAGUCAGGGUUUUGUGAGUAGUUUGGCUUCGGAAGGAAGUGAUUCGCCUAAACCAAGUAGUCCGUUAGUGUCUGUAAAAAUGGAACCCGUAGAUUCGAAUUUUGAAAUCCGCUCGUCUAAAUACUCGAAGUCGGGGUCGAGUGAUACAUGUGAUAGUGUUUAUUCAAAAUCUUCGACGGGAUUCGUGAGUGACAUGUCAUACCCUAAAGCCAAGAUCAAAUCGGAACCUCAAACUUCGGACCCUAAAAAUCCCUUGCAUAUACACAUUGACAGUGAUGUGGAGGUUAACCAUGAUGCCUCAUUUCAACAUUCGGACGAAUCGUACGAGGAUUAUAAAGACAGUGUUUUGAUUAGUCGUGACAUGUCAAAUAUGUCACAUACUGACGUCAGUGACGCGAGUAUGACGGAAGAUUUGCAUGCUGAGUUUGACCGGACGAUAUCAUCUCCUAUUGGUCAGUCAUAUCCAAACCCUCGGCAUCACGAAUCAAAAUCAAUGAAUGAUAUGGCGUUGAGUAUUGGUGAAAACCUGACAGAAAGUAUAUGCAAUGAUCGGUCGGGACGAGAAAGGGGAGAUAUCGUGGACUCCGUAGAGAGUGGAACAUAUAGUUCCAUUAGUCCCUCUCAAUAUCAUUCGGGGUUAGGGAUUGUGGGUAAUAAUGUGCAUGACGAUGAUAUUUAUCUACCUUGUAGUUCAGUAGGUCAAGGUCAGACUAGUAACGUUGAUGUGUCGUCAAGAACGUUUUGUUCAUCUGGUAGCGUUUUAACGAGAACUAACAGUUUAUCAAAUGAAUUAAUGUCAGUUGAUCCGAACGAAAUACAAUCGUUAAACAAUCGACCCCUUUCAUCUUAUUCUGUGUCAUCAUAUCAUCGGCAAAUUUCAUCAGUGUCAGAGUUCGAGCCGAAUGACUUCAAUACUUCAUUUGGCUCGGAUUCUGUGACCGAACCCCAAAACUCCUUGUUAAGCAAUCAAAUGCAGAGUGCUAUUGACAGUAUCCUUGACAACGAACAAGAUCAGGACCAGGACGAAACUGGGGAUGAAUAUUUACCCGAUCAAUCAAAUUCGUUAAAUAGUCAGGAUGUCAGUGAAGAUGAUUUUGAUGAAGAGGAUGCUAGUAUGGAAGAAUAUUCUCCUAAACAUCAGUGGUCAAAGGGGGAUAACUCUGAUAUAGAAGAAGAUGACGACGAAGAUUCUGCUGCCGUUAAAAGUAUUUUGAUGUAAAAUUUAUUUUACAUAUAUAUAUAUAUUAUAUUACAUAGAUAUUCUAUGUCUCGCAGUUAUUGAUUGGUCCAAUUACUUGUCCUUUUCCAAUCAGCUUACCCAUAUCAUGAGCUUUAUAAGAUUUCAAUAUUUGAUUUUAUAAUAGUGAGAAUGAUGUCGGGGAGCUCUGAACACUUUAUGAAAAUGCCUAAUUAAAUUAUGUUAAGAUUACCGGAGGGAUAAUGCCAUGGCAUAGAUUAGAUCUUGUAGCCAAUGAAAGGACGUUAUUAUAAGUUUUGAGGAAUAAUCCUGCUGAUGUUUGAGAGUUGAAUCUAUAUUUAAUAAAACCUCUCGUUGAUUAAAACUGCUGCCCUUUUUAAUGUUUGAUCUCGUGCUGUAUUACAGUAAAACAAAAAACUACCGUAAACAGAACCGCUGAUUGUCAUCUGUUUUUUUGGGAUGAUAUCAAAUAUUUCACGGCCCAAUCCACACUAAAAUAUUGAAUAUUUAAGAGUUAAUUAAAAAAAAAAAAACCCAAAGAACAGAUACCAACUGUAGAUAAUCUCCUCUCAACUUGAUUCAAUCGGAUUAUGAUGCAGAUAAGGAGCAGGUGGUGCUAGAUUCUGAUACUAUCCUAUUUAUAUCGUUUAAAAGAGGAGGCCGAAUGUUGACAAAUUUUCAAUUUAUCUCUCUCCUUUAUAAAUACUAAUCAGAAUUGAACCAUUGUUGGAUUGAUAUUCCUUUUAGAGAUUCAACUUUGACAAUAUUGUAGUUUGAAAUUGAUUAUCAGUGGGGUUGGGUGGCUGAAUGGUUAGCACGUGCGCGCUGUACCAUAAAGUCUGUCAUUGAGUCAACUAGCGUGGUUUUGAAUCCCCGGUUGUACGUGGCAAGGAGUAGGGUUGCCUGUCCAACCGCGUGGGUUUUCUCCGGGUCCUCCGGUUUCCUCCCACUGCUAAAGACCCCUAUGCGCAAGCGAAUUAUUGAAAUAAAAUUAAACCAUGUGUUAGUGCCGAAAUGACCCAGUUUGUGUCGAGUGGACGUUAAGCCCCAUUUCUAAAAAAAAAAAAAAAUAGAAAUUGAUUAUCAGAGACUUGAGUUGUUGAUCAGAUUAGACCUCCGUUAUCAAUGUUAAAAAUUAAUAACGGUCAAAAAUGGUGCGAUUCUUCAUUUUGUUGGAAUCAUUUCUGACGAUCAUGUUUAUGCCAAAGUUUCUUGUUUUACUGUAGUUCUUUGUUUUGUAUAAAUUGACUUGUCUAUGAAUGGAUGGGAUUGACAAAUGAUUCAAGUAUGUAAAUUAAUUAUUUUUACAAUUGACAAGGAAGAUCUCUAAUCUACAUGUACUUAAACAAUAAAUUAAGAUAUAAUAAAAAAACAAAAGUAGAUAACUGCACAACCAAACACAAACAGAACAAACAAUGCAGUAGAGACGAUAUAAUUAUAGACACAUUCCCCGAGCAGAUACAACAUAGGCCGAACUUUUAUUUUAAUUUAUUCACUCAGAGAUUGUAACUUUCCUUAUAUUUAUGCCAGGAGUACAGUAGCUUUAACAGGUCUUUGUACUGAAUAAGAAAAUGACCUUCUGUGGGAAAACAUGUAAUUAAAAAAUGAAGAAAAAAAAAGUUUUGAGAAUGAAAAUAGUUUUACAGCGCCUCGGACUUGAUGUUAAUUUAUCGUUUAUUAUCAAUCUGGGAAAAAAUAGGAUCCGUAAUGUAUUACUAUCCCUGCUUUAAAACGGCUAAAUAUAAAUAUGUUUCUGGAUAGUGAACAUAUGUUACUUGUUUUGUUGACAUACACCAACCAAUCCCUAUCUUCAUUAGCCCAGUCAGUGCAGAAUAGUGAGACGUUAAACCCCAUUUCAUGUCCCUGUGUGUCAGAGGUAAUUAUGAUAUAUAUAAUAUGUUGUGAAUAUAAAUCUAUAUAAUAUAAAUAACUACAUGUAACAUUGUAUAUAAAAUGUCAUCAUCAUUGUAACUCUGUUAAAUUGUGCUAACUUUAAUAUAGAUUCAUCCAGGAAUAAUCAUGAUACAUUUAGACAUGUCGUCGGUGAAGUGUCAAAAGGGUGUAUCUCGGGGGGAAAUUAGUGUAUUUUUGAAAUCUCCCAAUUAAUAUGCACAUUUCUGUCUAAGCUGUGUAUCUCUACACCAAUUAGAACUGUUCUGGGUAUCAUGUAUCCAAAUGUUGUAUCUUGAUUUGUGGAAAUUUUGAAAUGCAAAAGGUUCUAAUUCUUAAUCUUUAGAAAUUCUUAGAUACAUCCUUUUGACACUUCACCGACGAUGUGCAAUUUUACGUGACCGUUGAUCAGAUACUUGAAAGAGCAUUAGGAACCGUGUUUUAUAAUCAUGCCUUAUACAUGUAUAAAUCCUGAUAAUAAUAUAAUUUAUACAACUGCUGAUCUACAUUGAGUGGUAGGCAUAUGAUGUCUAGACAUGGGGCGGGACGAUAUUUGUCGACACCGUGAGGAAGGGGGCGGAGCAGAAUUGCUUGACGUCAUGCUUUAGAUGCGUCCCUUCUAGAUAUUAAAAUUAAUUAGUAAAUUUGCCAUAAAUACAGUAGUGGGAAUAAUGAAGUCUAACUCUUUUUUAUUAAAGUUAAAUUAUUUAGGUGGAAAAUAAGAUAAACAGGUGAUUUCAGUAUUUAAAAACAAAAAAAGAGAGAGUAGAAUUUUCCAUGUUUAAAAACAAAUCAAGUUACUUGAUACGCCUAUGUAUCAUGGUUAUAGCCCAGAUGAUGGGCCUAUGUAUCAGGGUUAUAGCCCAGAUGAUAGGUCUAUGUAUCGGGGUUCAAGCCCCAAUUGAUGGGCCUAUGUAUCUUGGUUUUAGCCCAGAUGAUUAUUGUGUUUUUGUAUAAGAAUUUUCUCAGUGUUUUCUAUAUAGUGUUUCUGUAAAGUGCACCCCUGUUUUAAGUUUUUAACACAUGUACUGAUUGACAUGUUUUCUUUUUCAUGUAUUAGACUAUAGAUAUUGCAUGCUGGUUCAUGCCUGACCUUGUAGACUCUUUAUAAAAUUCCUUAUAACUUUUCAUCGGAGCCUGUUAGAGAAAUACUUCACUCCUUUUAAGGCAAUAAUUAUCCAGAAUAAUACUCAUCUAAAUUAUAUUGAGAUUGGUCAGUCUGUCAGAAUCUGAUUGGAAAAUGAUUUGAUAUUAUCAGCUUUAACUUUUAUAAUGGAAUAUAAAAAUAUUUUGUUACGAAAUUUAUUUCACUUAUUGGCGUUGAACAACUUCCCUGACAACCACAUGUAAUUAUGUAAUUAUUUUUACACUUAUUACUCGACCAAGCUCCAUUUUCACUGGCACCUCUGAUGACAUUGUUUAAAAUGUUUUUUCUUUGAGGGGGGGGGGGGGGGGUAAAUGAAGGGAACAUGUUUCUCACUUGAUUAAAUUGAUUGAAGUUUAAAGAAAGUUGCUUUUUAUUUGUUGGCCUCGAAUUAAUCUUCGGAAAUGCCACCGCUCAGGCAAAAUUUUCCUCUUUCAUGCCUGUUUGAAACUUCCUGCAAUACAUGUGUCUUCUUUCAAUUGUAUUCUUAUAAAAUUUUCUACCGAAUUGAAAUUGACCAUCUUGUAUUGAGCAUUCAAAUGGGGCUGCGGGGUAGCAGUUAAACAUGUGACAUGGUUUUGAUUGCCUGCUUGUACGUGACGAGAAGUAUUUCCUCUUGUCAGAGGUGCUGGACAAAGGGGGCCUGACAAGUACAGUUAUCUAGUCGUUUGGAUGGGACGUUCACAAUGGUGUGCAUGCAAAAGAACCCUUGACAGUUGGAAUUCGAUACAAGAGUAGGCCGUAAUACCACUUUACAAGCAAAAUCCCCCCCACCCCAUAGAACACUACAGUAUGCCCUUCUUCAUUAGCUCAGUCAUUUCAUUUCAUUUCAGAUAUGCCAGUGAAAAUUGGACCUUACUUAACUUAGCUUUAUCUUCAAAGAUAUUUUUUUAAUCAAAAACUUUUGGGUCUUAGGAAUUUUGUGUGGCUCUGCUUACUUAUCUGUAUCCAUUGUGAUAUGAACUACUAUAUAUUUUAUAUUUCAAACACUUUACUUGUUUCCUAUUUCUAACCAACAAAUCUCUUUAUCUUGUCACGUUAUUAUCUAUCAUUGUAUUAAUUUGGUUGCUGUUUUAAAUGCAAUUCAGGCGUAAACCUGUGCAUACUUUCUGAUUCUAUAUUAGCAAAAAAAAAAAAAAAAUUGUCAACGAAAGUUUUAUGAAGGAAAGACCACUGUUAAAAUUAGUGCGAAUAAAUUGUUAUACAAGUAAAAUAAAAAAAAUGAAUGUUAUCAUGCAAUAGGAGAAAUAAUAUGCAACUUAAUUUUAUGUAUAACUGUAUUCCCAAAAUAGAUUUAUGGGACCAAAGUUGAACAUAUCAGUUUAUCAAUUAUGUUUAAGUAAUAAACUAGAACACAUACUUAUGGAAAACAGUUACUAAUAUAUUUAGUGGCAUUGAGUAACUGAAUAGAAUAAGCUAUAAGACAUACUUAUGGAAAACUGCUAGAAAGUGGCAUUUAGUAAACUGGAUAGAAUAAUAAGCUGUAAUACAUACUUAUGGAAAACAGCCACAAAGUGGCAUUUAAUAACUGGAUACAAUAAUAAGCUAUAAUACGUAAUUAUGGAAAACUGCUAGAAAGUGGCAUUUAGUAACUGGAUAAAGUAAAAAAAAACCUAUAACAUGUUAUCAAUAAGUGUCUGUUUUCAAUAAGUGUCUGUCUUCCAUAAGUAUGUGUUUUAGUUUAUUGGUCUAUGCAGGAACUCAAUGCCACAAAAACAUGUCUUAUUUGAAAGAUCAUAAAUUUUAUAGGUUGCUAUGGUGUAUCCAUAAAUUACAUGUACUUAAUUAACUAUAUGGCAUGUAAAUUAAAUAUUCUAGCCAGUUUCGUUGGCAAUAAGUUGAAUAACAAAAAGAUAAAUUUUAUAUGUUGCUAUGGUGUAUCCAUAAACUAUUUGUAGUUUAUUAACUAAGGCUAUUAAAAUGAAUCUUAGACUAACAAAUAAAAUUUAAGCAUUAAAGAACAUCAAUGUAUUGGUUAUUAAGAUGGAUCAAGUGAUUGUUCGAACAGGUGAUAGAAAUCAAAUACGGUACGUGAAUAAAAACUAAUCUUAUAAUUAAUCAACUUUAUGAAUUGAGUUUAAAAAAAAAAAAAUCUAAACAAAAUGGGCUGUUUGAGGAUUGAAUGCAUGUAUAUUGUUUAGGGUAACCAUAAAAGAUGUAGAAUAUUAAGAUAAAAUACUUCCCUUUGAAAUGAUGAUUGAAAAUUAUUUAAGUUCAGAUUGGAUUUUAUUUUAAGAUUUAUGCAUGUGUAUUUUGUUUUUAGAAGAAAAAUAAAUAUAAAAGUUUGAAAUGUAGAUAAAAUGCUUCCCCUUAAAAUGAUUGAACAUUGUUUAAAUUUAGAUUAAAUUUUGUAAAAAAUGAGUGUUUAAUAAUAAUUUUAUUCUGAUCAUUGUACAUUGUAUCACUUGUCUCACUGGUAGCUUUGUAAAUAGCCAUUAAACAGCCAUUAUUUAUUGCUUCCCUGUAAAAAAAUCAUAAACCACAAAAAUAACAAAAAUAUUGUCUUCAUUUGUCACAGUUACUGUAUUAAUAAAAAUUAUUUUAUGAGAGGAAAAUAUAUGUACGAUUUGCUGGAAGUAUGAAUUUUACCAAAUUUUUGAUUCGAUCCCACAGUUCUAUGUGAUAGUAGUAGGGCUGCCUGCUCAAUCUCGUAGGUUUAUCUGGGACCUCCAGUUUCCUUCCACUGUUAAGACACAUAUGUGCAAGCAAAUUGUUAAAAUAAUUUAUACCAUAUUUUACCAUAUGUUAAUUUCCGAAUUGAUCUAGUUUGUGUUGAGUGGACUUAAACCCCACUUCUCGCUCACCCAAAUAUUUGACAAAUUUGGGUAAUAAUAGUUGCGCCAAAUGAGUGACAAUGUAUGCAAUGCUAGUAAAUAAAAUUAAACCUUUUGUAAGUUCCAAAUAAAUUUAGGACAUGGAGAUAGAUGUAAAAAAUUUUGAAAGCUAAGAAUCACAGAGUGUCUUGCUGUUAUUUAAUUUGUUAAGCUAAGUAGUGCUGAACAUUUUAUCACAAGGAAAGUGCCUUGAAAUGUUGGCCCUAAUCUUCUACAGACGUAGAUGCUAUAAUCGGUUCCCCCAAACCUAGAGAGGAGAUACAUAAUCACGAUUACUGAUUGAUUGACAGAUGUGAGCUCGGGUUAGGGCGUGGCAGGCUUCUUAAUUUUUGACUAAAACAUAGUAUUCAUAUUAUAGGGUCAAUUAUAAGCUCCACCCCUUUUCCAUAUAAUGAGUGGGAUGAUAUAUAGCAUCCGUCUUCUAAUAUUUUUCAAUUUCUUGUCUAGGUCAACCGAUUUAGGGUUGUGGCUUUUAUUAGCUUUCAUCCUGUUGAGACCUAAAAGGUUGGUUAAUUAUCUUAAAGCACUCCUACACCACACGUGGAGAACUAAUAAAAUUCCAUGGUUACGGUUAGCGAUUGGAUUAUAAGGUCUCGAAAUGAUGUGCCAUUUUUGGAAAAAAAAAGCUGUCUAUAAAAGAUUUGAUAAUCCUGUCUUUAACACUGGAACUUGAUUGGUUCAGAACCCGAAGAGCUAGGAAGAUAUUUUAUGCCAUUGUCAAUGAGAAAAGCGAUAUCUUGGACUACAGUAGUAACCCGUAGUAUUAAAAGCUGGAUAACCAGCCCAGAUACGGCAUGCAAUUCCCUCAUGUACGUCACUUCCUAAUAUAAAACUGUAGUGACGUUAUUUAUAGCCCUUUUGGCAUUAUUAAAUCUAUUUUCAGCUGUCUUUGUAAGCUUAUGAAAAAAUUGAUGUAGUAUUUAUCAAGUUAAAUAAUGUAACUAAUUCAUCUACGAAUCAUCAUAGCAAUACUUCUUCGUUUUUAUCAUCAAUACAAUUAUUGUGAGUCGAGUUAUUGUAGCCUUGUCUGUUCGUGUAUUAGUAAAGGGCAGACAAGUGUCUGUACUUUAGUAAGGGCAGAUAAUCGUGUCUGUAAAUGUAAGUAAGAGUAUAUUUUGCAUGAUUUAGUGUAUAGUAGAUAUAUAGUGAUGAUGUUUAUAUAUUUUCUUUGUUUAUUUGUAUAUGAAAUGAAUACAAUUCUUCAACAACUGAA